AUGCACCGUUCACGUGCCGCAGAAUCGCCACAAUCCGGCGAUGAAGCGCCACAAAAAUCCAAAGAAAGUGGUGGAAGUCGCCGUCAACGAUGGUCAUUCGCGUUCCGAAGACGAUGGUUUUCAACAUCAGCACGAGAUUUAAAAAGCGAACAUCAUUCGGGUUUAGACAGCCCUACAUCGCCAGGUGUAUGCGAUGAAGCUGGAAUACUCAUUUCUCCACGUAAGACGAAACUCGGGUCAUCGUGGCAUUCAGAUGCGCCAUCGUCAUCCUGCACAGAUCGCCCAGACACAGGAGCUUCAGGUGGGGUUGUGAAGAGGAAGUCGUUGAGGCGCAGUGCUUGGGUAGCUAAGGGAUGA